AUGGAGGAAUCGAAGUGUACGUGCAGUCUAAGUCGCGGAAGAUGUGACGAAGCAAGCUGUGUUCAGUAUGUCCAGAUAUCGCAUCUCUCAGAGAUACUAAUAACUGUGAACAUACGUACUGUAAGAUCGUAUGUAGAUUCAAUUGUGAAUGCGGAUGUUGUAAAAAGAAACGUAUACUCCGUCUCGUCGGUUCCAUCAUCAUCGCCAUCAUCGCCCUCAUCCUUCUCUUCGAUCUGCUCAUCUUUCACAUUUUGCCUUUCCCCCAAGUCCGCGAAUACAUCGUCCGAAAAUUACCGUUUUGCAUCGCAUUUUAUAAUUAAAUCCAUCACUUUGUAUUAUCGCAAUUCAUUAAAUGAUUCAAACAUCAAGGCCAUAAAUCUUGUCUAA